AUGUGCAUAUUUUAUGUAACUUUAGGAAAUGGUAAUGUCAUCCUUCUUGAAAUACUAUCAUUGAUUUAUACGGUUUAUAUUAUGAUAAAAUGCAUAGUAUUUCUGCCUUAUUACAAUAUUUUUGAAAAUUGUAUAGAGUCUUGCAAAAUGGCUGCAGUUUCUUUAAGUAUACUGAUAUUUCUUUUUGCGAAUUUGCUGGAUAAUGCGACGGUUAUAGCGCAUUUUAAUAUAAUUUUGCAGCCAAUUGCAAUAUAUAUGGUGUGUAGAAUUAUUAAGCGUAGAUACUUAAAAUUAAAAGAAUGCAAAGAUAUCCCAAAAAAUCAGUAUGAAUUUGAGCUAAAAUACCGGGAUUUAUUAACAAAUCCGAAUUUAGAAGACAAAACACAAGUAUUAAUUCCCUCAAAUUAAAAAAAAUAGCUUUAUAAAUAAAAAUAAUAAUUUUUAUACAAAUAAUCGGUAUAUAUAUUCUGCUUUAAAGGAGAAGGUGAAAUAGAAUAAUACUUAAAUAAUUCCAAUACUUUGAAAGGAUAAAUUUUACAAAUUAAAAUUUUUAAAAAUUUUUAAUUGGAACAGAUUAUUAUUUCCAGUUAAAAGGGGGAAUAAGCCUUUUUAAAAGAUUUUCUGAAAUGUGCCAUUUCCAAAAAAACAAGCUUUUUGCCAUAUGAGAAUUCAAUUUCUGCUUUCAUGUAAUCAAAGACGAAAGACUUGCUCGAGUAAAACUUUCAAAAAUUUCAAAAAAUUCUUCAUCUCUCGAAGGAGAUGCCUAUGAAUGAAAAAUUUUUAAUUGGCUCUGUGCUAAUAAAAAGUUGAUAUUUUUUUCAGACAUCAAUUAUUUAACGUAUUUAAUGGAGUUAAGCAGUGUGAGGGCAAAAGACGAAGAAUUGUGCUAUAUUGUAAUUGAUUUAGAGGGUGAAUUUUCACAGAGAAAGCCAAGAAUUGAGAGAAUUGUUGAUUUAGUUGACCAUAUUUCUGACAGUAUUGGGAUUAUAAAAAAAGGAUAUAAAAAUAUUGCUGAAAAGCACAAAACAACAGAAACACUUGAGCUAUAUGCAGGAUUUCUUGGUGACAUCCUAGGCAAUUAUGAUGAAGCUGACCAAAUUGCUAGUAAAAAAAAUGGGAUGAGUGUAUAUAAUCAAAGAAAUGAAGACAAAAGAUUAGAAAAAUGGCUAAAUGCCUUUUCACUAGGAAAUUUCCUCUUACAGAUAUUUUCUUGGUGAUUUCGCUGAAAAAUAAUAGGCUUCCUGACGAGAAAAAACUUCGACCAAAAGAGGUGCCACAGAAAAAUAUGGCAGAGAUAUAGCUACAAUGCUUAUUUCUUGCUCAGAUGAAUCUUUUGGCAACAUUCUUUACAUUAACGAAAAGGCCAUCCAAAUUUUAAAAACCUCAUUAAUUCCUUCCCAAGAGCUGAAAUUUACAAAUUUUCUUCCAGCCCCAUAUGAUGUUUUGCAUUUAAAGCUUGCAAAAGAUUUUCUUACAAAUUGCAGUUCAACGGACUUAGAAGACCAUAAGAGGCUAUUCUUUGAAGAUCAGAGAGGCUACAUCAUGGAGUGUAAUUUAUUAAUAAAAUUGACCGCAUUUCACGACUCUGCCUAUUUUUUAGUAUCUUUUCAACAGAAAAAAAAAGAUCAUCAACUAGCUAUUGUUUCACAAGAAGGCAUAAUACAGUCCCACACAGAAUUAUUUCCUUACUACGUAGGCCAAGAAAAAAAGCUAUUAAAAAAUAAAAACCUAUCAGAUUUAAUCCCAGCCCUUUCUAUAGAAAAAAUGCAAGACUACGAGCCUUGGAUCACUAUAUGGGAAACCCGAGAACUUGCCUUUAUAAAAAUCCCUAAAAAAAUAAAAUCUAUUGUGGUAUAUUUAUUAAUCGUGGCCUACAAUGAAGAAGAAAUUAGUAAAUGGAAAACUGGGGAAGCCCAAGAACAGCUGGAUAUGAUAAGUGAUCAAGAUGUGGAAAAUAAUGAAGAAAGCUAUUCAGACAAAAGAGAAAGAAAAAGGGCUGAAAUUAAAUGCCAUUCGAUAGGGGAAGUCACUUUUUCAAUGAAAUCUAUUGAUAAAACUGAAACUGAUAUUUUUACACAAAAUAUGGACAGCUCUAUGAUGAAAGACCAAAAAGAGCACGAAAGGUCGCUUGACGAAGAACAUUCUAGCUCCCUCCUACUUUAAUAGUGAGCAAAAUUUUUCUGCUCUAUUUUUUUUUAUUAAAAUUAUAAAAAAAAUUUUAUUUAUUUAAAGAAAAUAUAAUAUAUUUAUAAAAUUUAAUUUAUAUAUCUUGCUAUUAAUUUUAAAUUGCAUAUAAUUUGCUUUCUCAAAAUGGGUUAGACUAAGCCUACUUUAUCAAAAAAAAGUAACUUUUAUUAA